AUGCUCGGAGUUGACUGGUGGGGGCUCGCCCUCCCCUUUGCCUACAUUGCAGUUCUCCUCGGCGCUCUCGUCACAUUCUCUUCCAUGUCACGGAAACGGAGAGCAGCCAAAUCUGCCAACCUUGCGCCAUGGUUCCCACCGCACCUGCAAAGAAACAUCUACCUCUCAUUACUCCAUCUUGAGCCUGAGGAAGGCAAAGAGAAGGCCCCAGCAGUUCCAGACAGCGUCAUACGUGCUGCACUAUUACGUAGAGCUGUUGAAGAUAUCCACCGAAUCAUCCAGAUCAGAAGCGCAAAGCAAGCCUGCAGUACGCUUUUGCAACGUGGCAGUGUAGGGGAUGACCUUUGGCAACGAUUCGAAAGGGCUGAGAAGGAAAUGGAGGAGGAACUUAGAGAUGUAGUUACGGAGGCAAAUGCUCUUACCCCGAACUGGGGCCAAACUAUCUUCCAGUCUGCAAAUGAAAUUGCCGCAGGUACAUUGCUCCGAAAGAAGCUACAAGACAUACAAUCCCAAGCACCCGCAGAGAAAGAAUGGUGGGAGAGGCGAAGAGCAUCUAUCCAGUCAGAGUUUAUGAAGGAACUAGAGGCCCCAAGCAAGGGUGGAAGCGACGAUGACGCCGUUUUGAUCAAUGGUGCGAAUAACACCGCAAGCAUUAGGAAGAAGAAGGGAAAGAAAUGA